UAGGGCAAUGGAGCUUGGAGAGUAAGACAUGGAUUUGAGAAAGUUUUAAGGAGGUAGAAUCUGCUGUAUUUGGUUGCCAUCUGAGUGAGAAGGGUAGGUGCCAAAAAUGUUUCCGGUCUCGUCCCCAAGUGUUAGGCCUGAAUUUCCCCGGAAGCCUAGCUUCCCUCCGACUCCGCGGGGAGGCACCUCUGGGCCAGCAGAGGGCGCCCGGCAGGCCGCAGCGCCCCAGAGUCGCGUGAUGGCCGCGGCGUGAUUGCUGCUAUACCUGGCCGGGCGCCCCGAGCCGGUGAACUUCGCGCAGAGUAUGUGUGGCCUCCUCGCCGGCCCAGGGCUCGGGCCGUGGCCCACGCACUGCAGCUUGAGGCCAGGAGGACUCGUCCUCUCGGACAGGCCAUUUCCCGGAGCUUCGAUCACACUUGCGCUCCAGCGACCCCCUUUCUGCCCUUUUGCGGCUGUGGACCAACAGUCCAGACCUCCGGGAACCGAGAUGCCCACAAAUCGUGGUGUGGACCUAGGUGUGGCAGUCAUUCUGCAGUCCAGCGAUCUGACUGUCUUGACCCGAAGGACACGGACCCUCAGCGUUUUGCCCAAUCUCUGGGUACCCCCAGGUGGUCAUGUGGAACUUGAUGAAGAGGUAAUCAAUCGGCUGAUCAAACCUGCAACCUGCCCUGAACCAGAGACCUGUCUGGGACCACCCUGGGUGUGGAAUGGGGGAGGGGCAAAGGAAAGACUUGGAGGAGUCAGGCCUGCUGGAUGGGAAGACUUCGAGAACUUUGGGAAGAGAGUGGACUACAGCUGCCCCAGGGCCAGUUCUCUUGGGUCCCACUGGGGUUAUGGGAGAUUGCUGCUAUACCUGGCCGGGCGCCCCGAGCCGGUGAACUUCGCGCAGAGUAUGUGUGGCCUCCUGCGCCGGCCCAGGGCUCGGGCCGUGGCCCACGCACUGCAGCUUGAGGCCAGGAGGACUCGUCCUCUCGGACAGGCCAUUUCCCGGAGCUUCGAUCACACUUGCGCUCCAGCGACCCCCUUUCUGCCCUUUUGCGGCUGUGGACCAACAGUCCAGACCUCCGGGAACCGAGAUGCCCACAAAUCGUGGUGUGGACCUAGGUGUGGCAGUCAUUCUGCAGUCCAGCGAUCUGACUGUCUUGACCCGAAGGACACGGACCCUCAGCGUUUUGCCCAAUCUCUGGGUACCCCCAGCUGCUGGAUGGGAAGACUUCGAGAACUUUGGGAAGAGAGUGGACUACAGCUGCCCCAGGGCCAGUUCUCUUGGGUCCCACUGGGGUUAUGGGAGUCUGCCUACCCUCCUAGGCUGAGCUGGGGUCUCCCCAAAUACCACCACAUCAUCCUCUAUCUACUUGUGGCCUCCCAGGAGUCCCAGCAGCAGCUGCAGACUCGGAUCCAGCCAAACCCAAGUGAGGUGAGUGCCUUUACAUGGCUGGGACCAGAUGUGGCUGCUACAGUGGCUGCCACAGAGGAUGGAACAGAGGCACCCAGACAUCUCCCCCAGAACCUAUCAUCUUCUGUUCUAUAAUUAUCACGCAGUGCGGUGGAACUAGAGGAGGAUGAAGGAGCUCGACCUUUGGCCCUGCCUGCGUUUACACUGCUGCAAACGACCCCAACCAUAGCAGAAGACAAAGAGAGGGUCAGCACUGGGACUAAAUUUGCCCUCAGGCUCUGGCUGCAACAUCUAAGCAGGGUGACACCUCUACUCUGUGAAAGUGGAGCUCAUGUGGACCCAGGACCCACAAAAGAAGAACAGAACAUGGACCCCCUCCUCCCAAAACUGGGAUCUGGAAAGCAAAGUGCAUAAUCCCCUCCCCAGCCUACCUACC